UAAAUUAUAAAUAAUAAUCUGUUUUUAAACAUUUUUAAAAAUAUUUCUUUAAAAACAACAAAAAGCCACAAUUUCCCACAAUGGGGGUUGUCAAACAUAUUGAUACACAUAUAAAAUAAAAUUUGAAAAAAACAAUAAACUAUGGACAAAUAACAUAUAAGAAAAUAGACAUUUAUAAACCAUAGAAUAGUAAAACAAUUUCUAAGGCUUCUUCUAGUCUAAUGUACGAAAGUUAAAAAAUACAAAAACAAAAACAUAAAAAAAGAAAUCCACGACUUUUAAAGAAACUAAACUAUUCCCUAAUUUAGUCUGGUCGGUGCUGUUGGCGGUGCAAUAUAGAAUUAAAAAUUUAAAUUAAAAAUUAUUAAUAUUCAUUAAAAAAUUCAUAAGAAAAAAGCUUUAAACUUUUAAUAAUAUUAUUUUGAACACAAUAAUGGUGCUAAAUAAAAUAGUAUAAAAAUAUUCAAUUUAAAUUGGAAAAAAAUUAUAUAAAUUUAAAUAAAUACACAAAAUAAAAAAUCAAUUUAAAAAAUAAAAAAAUAUAUAUACAUAUAAUAACGAUUAGUUUAUAUUCACUGCUAAAGUCCCCACUAAAAACUCAAAGUGAAACCUUAUAAAUGUAUUUUGAAAAAAAUGUAAAACUAAACUGAGGCAAAAAUACCAAAAGAAAAAAAAACAAAAAAUGUUUAAAUAUCUUUUAAACAAACAAGAAUGGAGCAGCACACAUACUAAACUCAUGCAUCUUUAAAAAUCUAAACAACCACACACACACAUACACAAUAAAUGUUUCUUAAUUUAUUGUUAUUAAUUUAUAAGUUAAAAUACUAAUCUUUAGUUAGUUCAUUUUAUUUCGUUUUAUUCAAAUAAAUUAAACAAAAAACAAAUAAAUAAAUACAUAUAUUUCCUGUUUUGAAUGGAAAAAGGCACAACUAUGAAAAGGAAGCAACGACGUUACAGAACGACUUUCAAUACAAUACAAUUACAAGAAUUGGAAAGAGCUUUUCAACGUACUCAUUAUCCCGAUGUAUUUUUUCGUGAGGAAUUGGCUGUGCGCAUUGAUUUAACCGAGGCUCGAGUUCAAGUAUGGUUUCAAAAUCGUCGUGCCAAAUGGCGUAAACAAGAAAAAGUUGGUCUCAAAGACGGCGAGGAUCUGCAAUCUUAUGAUGAUAGUGUCAUGGCACAGCUGGAUCAACCUUUGGGUACAACUUUGUUACCUGAUACACCACCGCAAUCCUCAAACUCUCUAGACAAUGAAAGUAAAACAACCUUUAGUCAUGAGAAUGACAGUGCUGGAGAUAGAGCAGAUGAUAGUAUUGUAGGGGAUGGUGGGGUUACAACACCUUCACGCAUGUCUCCCAAUAUAUUUCUUAAUCUAAAUAUUGACCAUAUGGGUCUAGAACGUGGUGGAAGUUUGUCAAUGGAAUGGUCAACUUAUCCUCCCUCUACAUUAGCAAACAAUAGUUUGGUUACAAUGCCUUCCACAUCGACAAAAUCAACACCACUUUCAUUUCAAUCGCUACCACCUACCUCUUCAUCAUCGAUGAUGAAAUCUCAAGAUCAACUUAUUCUUCAACAGCAUCAACAUCAGCAAGAGCAGCAUUGCGAUAAUCAAAAUGUACAAAAUCUAAUCAGCGAUAAUUGUUUCAAUGGCUCAUUAGAUUUAGUUGAUAACAACACUUCCACCUCAACAUAUGAUGAAAUGAAAUUCUUAAAUGUUGAUCAAUACACUAUUGAACAAUUAAAGGCCGAGUGUAUUUUAAAUAUGGAUCAAACAUUAUCUCUGGACGAUCCCGAAAAGAAUCAACAUAUUAAUUUGCAAACAUUGUCAUUUGAACAUUUACAACAGCCAUUAAAUCAAGUCUCCCCCCACAGUCAUCAUUCAAUGUUUCAGCAUGAACAAACACAGGAAAAUGAUCAAUAUAUUCUGUCCAACAAUUGUCAUCAUCAACACCUUCAAAACAUAAAUACAUCUCACAUACAAAUGCAAAAUAUGCAACAAUUUAACAACGAUCCACUGCAUCAGCAUCUGCACCCGUUAAGUAUGGAUUUACCCGUAUUCAGUUUGACGGGCAUGGGUUCAAAAUCACCGCCUCUACUGACAUUAGAUAAACCUUUGUCAUUGAACAUCGGUGUGGAUGGUAUUAGUGAUUUAGUAGAUGAUAAAUUUUAGAAUUUAAACUUUUAAUGCAUAAGGGCAGGUAUAUGUUUAAAGUUACAAAUUCCAUUCCAUUCUGCACCAUUUUCAAUUGAGUCGAUUGAUUUGAAGGUAUUUAAAUUCAUUCAUUAAAAUUGAGUUUUCUAUUAACUACAUACAUUGGACUAAAUAAUAAACAUAAUAGCCUAUUUGACAAAGGUUUGUUACUUACAAAAAGUUCAAUUAAAAUUUAUUGUUAUCGUGCUAAGAAUUUUUAAAAUUUUAAGAUACAAUUGAAAAUGGUUUAGUAAAAGGUUGUGUAAGGAUGGUUUUUCAUAAUUUAGUCUUUGUUUAUGUCUAUAUUUAUCUUUUGUUCUAGUCAAAUUUUGUAAAUUAAUUUAAAUUUAUUAGUUUAAUUUGUAUGUUAAAUACAACUUAUUAUUUUAAUUACAAACAAAUAUAAAAUGAAUAUACAUUAGUUAUAAUUUACUUGCACUAAAAUUUUAGUCUAAGAAAAUAAUUGUGUCAUAAACCU